AUGGAACGACUUUUAGCCAUAAUUUGUUUUCUUCAAAAAUAUUUAAAAGAAGGACCAGAAAAGAACUAGAGGGGGAGGCCAGGAGACAUUAUUAUCGCUAGUCAAAAACAACAAACCCUACUUUUGCUUUCUGAUAUAAAAUUUAUAUUUUAUUUUUGCAGGUUUCUUCUCUUCUUCUUCCUCUUGCCUCCUGUCUUUCAUCAUCCAUAAAGUGAAAGCUAACCCAUAGAGCCAAUAUCAUCCUAAAAAGAAAUUUAUUUCCAAAACAUUCUCUCUUUGCUCUUUACCCUUUCUCUCUCUCUCUCUGCCUUUCUCUUUGUCAAAGUUCAUGGAUGCUACGAAGUGGACGCAUGAUUUUCAAGAAAUGAUAAAUGUAAAACCAAUGGAGCAGAUAAUUUCAAACACCAGCAACAACACUUCGCAGCAGCAACAGCAGCAGCAACAACAGCAACAAACAUUCAUCGCCACCACAGCGAGACCAAACCCCAACGCAUCCAACGGCGGAUCCGGCGCCGGAAAUGACAACAACACUGCUACUACGAUGGAAAGUACUAGAAAGGCGAGGCCGCAAGAGAAAGUGAAUUGUCCAAGAUGUAACGCAACCAACACAAAGUUUUGUUACUACAACAACUACAGUCUCACGCAACCAAGAUACUUCUGCAAAGGUUGUCGAAGGUAUUGGACCGAAGGUGGCUCUCUUCGUAACGUUCCUGUGGGAGGAAGCUCAAGAAAGAACAAGAGAUCCUCAACACCUUUAGCUUCACCUUCUAAUCCCAAGCUUCCAGAUCUAAACCCACCGUUUUUUUUUGCAACCCAAAUCCCUAAUAAGUCGUCAAAAGAUCUCAACUUGUUGUCUUUCCCAGUCAUGCAAGAUCAUCAUCAUGGUAUGUCUCAGUUUCUUCAUAUGCCCAAGGUCGAGAACAACAAUACUUCAUCCUCAAUAUAUGCUUCAUCAUCUCAUGGAGCCUCUUCAAGAGGCAUGAACACGUUAUUGCCUGGUCAAAUGAUGGAUUCAAACUCAGUCCUUUACUCAUCUUUAGGGAUUCCAACAAUGGCUGAUUACAAACAGAGUAACAAUAAUCUUUCGUUCUCCAUUGAUCAUCAUCAAGGGAUUGGACAUAACACCAUCAACAAUAACCACAGAGCUGAAGAUAACAAUCAUGCUGAUGAUAUGAAUGGAGCAAGUAGGGUGUUGUUCCCUUUUUCUGACACGAAAGAGUUUUCAAGCACAAACCAAGAGAAGAGCCAUAAUACAUAUUGGAGUGGGAUGUUCAGUAAUACAGGAGGAUCUUCGUGGUGAAGAAUGUAUCAUGAACUUCAUAGCUUUUCUUCUCUUUUUCACUUUAUUUACCUCCUUAUUCUAUCAUAUUUUUACUUUGAUGAUCUUUUGUUUCUCUCACAUGGGGUACUUUAGUUAAAGUUGUCAGAACUUAGUUUAGAGAUUGUCUUUUUAUUUCAUCUUUUCUGUUUUUUUUUAAUAUAUAUUUAUUUCAUAAUUGGGUUUGAUGGUAUUUUUUUAGUAGCAAAAGGGUCUUUGUAUCAUAGGAAUGGUGAGGGGUAUGAGGGUAGAAGAAUAAGUGAAUGCGAGGGCUUUGUGUAUAUUCAUCAUUUCUUCUAUCUGUAGAAGUAUUUGUGUAAUCUAUUCAUGUUUUCUAUAAAUCAUAAUCCAAUUUAUAAUUU